GGGCAGGGGCGGGGCUGCCGAGCGCUUCCGGUGCCCGCGCGGUUGCUCAGGCGUUGCGCCUCCCGCCGUCGUCAAGUCGUCGUCGCCUAGAGAUCAUAGUUCUCGGCCGCUGGCGUCGGCGCCGGCGGCUGUUUGUCUCUGCGGACUUUGGUUGAAAAUAUAAACAUUCCAUUCUCUCCACCUCUGAGGAAUCCUUUACACUGAAGAACUUGGGGAUCCCGGCAUCUAGGAAGCUAUUUAUGAAAGCCAAGCUAUUCCAGAAGCAAGAUGAGCAAGAACAAAGAGGAUCCUCCCCAUGAGUUGGAAAACCAGUUUAUAUUACGCCUGCCUCCGGAAUAUGCUUCUACUGUGAGAAGGGCAAUACAAUCUGGAAAUGUCAACCUAAAAGACAAAUUAACUAUUGAAUUACAUCCUGAUGGACGUCAUGGAAUUGUCCGUGUGGAUCGUGUCCCAUUAGCAUCUAAGCUGGUUGACCUGCCUUGCGUUAUUGGAAGCUUGAAAACCAUUGAUAAGAAAACCUUUUACAAGACUGCCGACAUCUGCCAGAUGCUUGUGAGUACCGUGGAUGGAGAUCUUUAUCCACCUUUGGAAGAACCAGCUGCCACUAAUGAUCCAAAACUAAACAAGAAAAAGGAUAGGGACAGAGAGAAGAAAUUCAUCUGGAACCAUGGCAUCACUCUGCCACUAAAGAAUGUUAGAAAGAGAAGAUUCCGUAAAACAGCCAAGAAGAAGUACAUUGAAUCUCCAGAUGUGGAAAAGGAAGUCAAGAGACUGCUAAGUACAGAUGCUGAAGCUGUCAGUACCCGUUGGGAGGUCAUUGCAGAAGAUGAAACAAAGGACACUGAUAAUCAUGGUUCCCUAACCAGCCUGGACAUCUCUCCAGGAAUGAGUAGCCAAAAGCAGGGCCACAGCUCCUCAGAGCAUGAUGAGCUUCGAGAGAUAUUUAAUGACAUUAGCAGCAGCAGUGAUGAUGAUGAUGAACAAGAUCACCACGAUGAUGACGAUCUAAACAUCAUCGACAUUGAGGAGGAACUGGAAAGAAGAUCAGCAAGUGCAUUUGAUGAAUCCGAUGAACAGCGCCAAGAAGAUGAGAAGGCCAAUCACCUCAUUUUAGGACUCCGGAAGCAAAUUGAUAUGAUGAAGGGAAAGCACCAAGAGACUCAGGACAGAGCAAAACGGCAGGAGGAUCUCAUCUUCAAAGUGGAAAAUCUGGCCCUCAAGAGCCGUCUUCAGGCUGUGCUGGAUGAGCUCAAACAGCAGGAAGAACAAGAAAAGGAGCAGCUCAGCUCCUUGCAGGAACAGCUGGACUCGCUCCUGGAGAAGUAAGGGGAACUUGGCUGCUAUUCACUGUAAUCUUCACACUGGCAAGCAUCAUGCAUGCAAACUGGGGGUUCAUUCUCUGGGCUGAGAAUAGAUAACAUGACGAUGGAAAUGUGAUUGCACUCACAUCUCACUGUGUUUGUGUUACCUGUUUCUGUCUUUGCAUCAGUCACCCUUUUGCUUUCCCAUCCUAUUGCUACGUAGGAGAUCACGGCAAGAGGGGCCAGGUUGCAGUGAGGUCCCACGAUUAGUGGGCUAGCCACAUUAGCCUUGUCAUUCGGUCCUACCUUGCGCCCUGGCUUUGACUUUUUACUUCUAGAACUAUUCUUAUAUCUGUUGGUCUGUGGGAGCAUCAGAGGCCUCAGCCAUAUUUUCCAAAUAGAUUUGAACCUGGAGUUUCCUGCAGGUGUUCUGUAUCUGUUUUAAUUCUCUCCUACACAAAGGAGAGCAAGUUGUAUAUAUUGUGUAAGGUGUAAUCUAUGCCUGCCCUCACGGUGAUUCCCACGGACACCACUGACCUACCUGGUGGGUUUGAAGAAGCAUAUAACUUGGUGUAGAUAGGGGCAAUUAAAGAACAAUGGGUCUAUCUUGGCCUCUGGGGUGCACAGUGGGUCAGAAGGCCAAUAAGGAGCUGUUGCCCUUAGGCUGAGCCUACAGAUCCAAACCGCUUCCAUCACAGGAAAAUCCAUGAUUCCUUCCAAUUCCCACCUAGGCUUGUCCUAGAUUUUGAUGUGAAGGUCUACCUAUUUCUUGUGUUUUGUUGAAAAUUGCUCAAUUGGGCCUUUUUCCAAAUGUGCCAAAAAAAACCCAAACGGAUCCCCAUGCUUUUAGUAGGGGCUGUGCCAGGAAGACAGAGAAUAUUUCCCAGUGGAUGCUUUUGGGACCCAAAACCAAUUAGAUUGGAGCCUCAGUAGAAAAAAGGAAAGAGCUCUCUUCUGAUUAAUUCCUAAUGGACGAGGCAGUUCUCAGAUUAAUCAGACAAAAUUGGGGAUUUGUUGAGCCAAGGAAGGGGAGGAAACAGAAGAGGGAUUUUGAAAGACCCUGCUAAUCUGCUGCUAUUGCAAAACAUCUUGAGAGGAACUGGGACUGAAUCUUGACCUUUAGAAAAAGAGAAUGAGACCCAAGUGGAUAAGCUAUGUUUCUUAGGCUUACAUGUAUAGGGCUUUAGGGAAGCUGGUCCUUGGACCCCGGACCAGAAGUUUUUCCAGCUUGCUGUAGGACCCACUUCACAGCUCUUGGGAAUGCAGGAUCAUCUUUACUCUGUGAUGUGGCCUUACUAGAGGUUCCUGGAGGAAUGAAAUACUGCUGCUUGGUGGGUGAGGAAACAUUUUUUCAUGAAGUCUGUCCAUCACUUAUCAACCUGGCCUAAUAGCGGAGCUGAAGUAGCUCUCAGCCACAUCUUCUCUCCAAGGAUGGUUUUUCAUUUGCUCUCUUACCACAUUGCCCCUCAGGGCUCCUUGCUAGUACAACUCCAUAUUCUUCAUCAUGCCUGUGUUGUCUUGGCCAUUAAGAAGGGGAAGACUUUAUUUGUACAUGUGGUAUGUGUGUUGCCAUGUAUAUCUCCUUUUUGUCUGUAACUUUAGAUUCUGUGUUCCUUGUAAGCAGUUAGAUGCCUUUUUAGCUUCUCUACAACACCUACUGUGGCAUGUGCUCCCUGUUAUGUGGUUGAGGGAAUACCUGAAGAUUUGUGGGUUCCCUUUGCUUUCCAAGGUCCUGCAGAGCUCCCUUGCAUUCUCUAGUUUUCUGCGAUGGAGGAGCUUGGGUGCAAUACAGGGUUAGGUGGCUUAGCCUUUUGCUCUGAAGAACAGACUUAGAAUACUUUGGGACCUGUUUCAAAUGUUAAACCUGACCAGUAUCUUAUUGGAUUAUUGAGAAUUGCCAUCUCUCUUCAAAGCCGGGAAAAAAUUAGGAUAUCCAGCCUGGCUCAUGGUAGCAUUUUUCCUCCUGAUAUACUCCUGGGGUAGGAUCACUCUGGGAUCCUCUUUAGAGCGCUAAAAGAAUCCCUGUGGGGAUUGGAGAGCAGAUUGAUUCCAGGGUCUGCUGCUGUCGCUGCCUCUGGGCAGAUUCCUUCGAUCUCUAGGCUCUCAAGGCAGGUUUAGAGCAGUGUGAUUGAUGCCAAUCAGAAGAGUAUCCAAGGCUCCUUAAGGUUGAAGUAGGAUGUGGCACUGAGGAAUACAGUCACUGGCUUGCCAUCUCAGUGUAUACCAUCCACUUUCAGGGUUCAGGUAGGCUUAGGACCAGUCUCUUUAAGGGAAGAGAAAGUGUGAUACUGCAAGACAAAGCCCUUUCUGACAGAACUGAACCCAAAGCCCAUUCCAUUGAGAAGUGCCCAAACGAUACACCCAGACAUGGGUUUCAAAAGAAGAAUUGCAAAUUAUCAACAACUGUAUAAAAAAGUGUUCAGAGUCACUAAUAGGCGAAAUGCAUUCUGAAUUUUCACCUCCAGUCCACCAAAGUGGCAAGGAUGUUAAAAGAGUGAAAUAGUCAGUACUGGGAGGGCUACCAGAAGCCAGGUGUGCAUCUUGUUGUUGGAGGAGCCAUUUGUUUCUCCAACAAUCCUACAAAACAAUUUGGAAUUGUGUGUGGGGAAAUGUUUUUAUCCAGCUAUCCCACUGUUGUGCACGUACCCCAAGGAAGUGCAUGACAAAGUCCCCGAAUGUACUAAAGCAUUAAUAGGAUUUAUAGUAGCAAAAAAGGCAAACAAAAGCCGUAUAAAGAAAGAUGAGAGAAUGGCUGAUCAAACUGGUUUAAGAAUAGAAUGCUAUUAGCUGAGGAAUUCAAAGAUACUUGGGAAGACUCAUGGACUGAUACAGGACACAACAACAACAACAACAAAAACCAACCACAAAGACCAACUGGACUCUGAUGAAUUGAAAAGGCUAAACUUGUUCCCAGAAAACAGAUGAUGAAACACUACUGUCCAUAAAGAAGCUGAGCACUACUGCUGUGGCAUGCUGUAUAUACUCAGAUGUAUUGAUGGUUGUGUUGGGGUUGCAUAAUUGUUCCUUUGUGUCCUUGGGAGGGUGGAGGGUGGGGGCUGCAUUCUGUGAAAUGACUGGUGUAAAAAUAAAAGGCAUCAAUUAAACAUAAAGAAAAAAACAA